ACUUACCCCCUUGUAUUUCUGAAGAUGCUCUUCAAACAGUUCCUGGCAAUUCACUGUCUUAGGGUUCUCCUCCCAUGUUAGGGUUGUGUUUAGGUGUUUUAGUGUUUGCAGUGAGAUUAAAGUCAGGGGAAACGGACUUCCACACAACACCGGCUCUGACUCCUCUCUCAUCGUCCAGACAUCAUGCUUCCCCGAGUGGGUAAAGAGUUUGUGGUCCGAAUGCGGUUCAACUGGCGGCCUUUUUUUGAGGGCCGAACCCUGCUGUUAACAAACACCCUGAGCGGAGGAGUAAUAUUGGGGCUGGGAGACAUCGUGAUGCAAAGCUGUGAGAACUUUAAGAAGCCUGGCCGAGUCCGAGACUGGAAGAGGACAGGAUGCAUGUUUACGGUGGGCUGCUCCAUGGGUCCCAUGCUGCAUUACUGGUACAUCUUUCUGGACAGAGCGUUCGUGGGUAGAGCUCUGAAAACUGUGGGAAAGAAGGUUCUGGUGGACCAGCUGGUCGCCUCACCAUUCUUGGGGAUGUGGUAUUUCUUAGGUAUGGGAGCCAUGGAGGGACACACUUUAUCCGAAGGAAUGAAGGAGUUUAAAGACAAAUUCUGGGAAUUUUACCGGGCGGACUGCUGUGUUUGGCCUGCCGCUCAGAUGAUCAACUUCUACUUCCUCUCACCCCAAUUCCGCGUUGUGUAUAUCAACUUUGUCACUUUAGGCUGGGACACCUACCUGUCGUACUUGAAACACAGAGAUGACAGCCCCCUCACUGAGCCUUUAUCAGACGGCAGUGCUGUGGAUGUACAGCAGGAAGCACUCCCACCGUCUAAACCUCUGGAGAAGAAGAAUAAUUAGAGUUGGACUGAAUGCUUGACUCUUAUGUCAUAUAUAUAGGAGGCCAAGAACAUUUUGCUGUUUUUAUCCGUUCAAUCUUAUUUUUCGGCCUUUGCAAAAUUGCAAUACUAAACACAAAACAGAUUUCUUUCUUCUCAAACAAAUGGUUCCUCUCUCAAGUUUUAAAUGACCACCUGUUCCUGCAUGAACUCAGAGGAGUUUUGGAUGCUAAAGUGGAAGUGCUGGAACACUUUUCCCUUCAUUUCUGGAGAGUUUUCUCUCCCAAUUUUUAUUUUUUAUUUAUAUCUGAAUGAUAUGCACUCCUGUAAGAAUAUUCAGGGAUGAAAAGCUGCUUUACUGCCUGUCAUGCGAUUUCCUCAGAUGACAUGAGUGUAACCGCUGCCAUUAACAUGUCAUAACAUGGAUGGAGGGGUCAAACAAACACAAACACAACAGAAUCUGACCACUGUUUGUUUCCAGUGUGUUCCAGACAUCAACUCUGACAUAUUAGUGUACUUAAAUUACAUGAUACUUUUUUACAUAAUGUUAUUUUGACCUAACUAUCAUCUUUCCAUACCUAACCAAGUAGUUAGAAUUGACAAAAUUGCCCUGUUUUAAACGGGAAAUUUUCAUACGUAUGUAACAUGUUGGUAUUGAGAACAUGACGUUAAAUGACACGAGGUAAAAUGCGUUCAAUGACACGGUAAAUGUUGUUUAAGCAGCACGCUUUACGCCUCACCAUGAGCUCAUGUUGCGUUUUUAGUGUGAAGCUUUCAUCUUUUUUGUUGCACUCAAAGUUUUCAACUGUCCAAUAGAGUGGCAUUCCUUUAUAUUUUUUAUAUUUCUCGUUUGACAUGAAAUAUAAAACGGCUAUGAUUUUAUUAUCAUAUUUACCUGUGCUAUCCUUGCCGUAAUAUGUAGACCGGUGCUGCAACAUGUUUUCAUGCCAAAUAACCCUGUCUGCAGUUUCUCCCUUUGAGGUACCGAUAAAAAUACCUCACUUUGUGAUUACGCUCGUACUCUAUAAAAUAAUUAUUAUAAAAUAUUUACUAUAUUUUUAUGAUAUCAAACUGAAUCCUCAGAUACAUGUGUGGACUUGAUUCAAGACAGGCUGAAGAUGUGGAAUUCAUUUAUUUUUCAAACUGCAGUGUUUUUUACUAUGUCGAUGUGUGAUUGGAUGAACUGCACUGUAACUCUACAGCUGUUCAUUUAUGAAUGAAGCACUCUUAGUUUUGGCAUAUCAGGUGAAUAAUCAGUAUUUGUGCUGAUAGACAUGAUGUUGACAUGAAAGUGGAAAUCUGUGAAGCAAUUCUGUAAAUAUAUUUAAUUUCUUUGUUCAAAUCAUCUUUGAUGUUGCUGUUUCCAUCAUUUCGAAACUGCCAAUUAUCUUUAGAAAAUAUGUAUACAUACUAAUCUGUGUAGAAACACUAAAACAAAUCUAAAAUCUGA